AUGGCUGGAGCUAUCGCUCAGUCGUCGCUCGUCUCCGCGAGCGUGGUCCUCCAUGGCGGUAACAAGACAAACCGUCGGUCGCGGAGCUCGUCGUCAACCGUCGCCAGCGUCGCAGUUCCUCGCUCGCUUCAAUCCUUCACGGGACUGAGGCGUCCCGGCCAAGCUGACGUGGCACUCCGGGGCUCCUCGUCGUUGGCAGCGAUAGUCGCGAAGCAGACUAAAUCCAGCUCGUCCGGCGCCGCCAAACGCGGCGUCGCUUUCGCCAUGUUCGAGCGCUUCACAGAGAAGGCCAUCAAGGUGAUCAUGCUCGCGCAGGAGGAGGCGCGACGGCUGGGACACAACUUUGUCGGCACGGAGCAGAUUCUCCUGGGGCUCAUCGGCGAGGGCACGGGGAUCGCCGCCAAGGUGCUCAAGUCGCUGGGCGUCAAUCUCAAGGAGGCGCGCGUCGAGGUCGAGAAGAUCAUUGGGCGCGGCUCGGGCUUCGUGGCCGUUGAGAUCCCGUUCACGCCGAGGGCCAAGCGCGUGCUGGAGCUGUCGCUGGAGGAGGCGCGGCAGCUGGGGCAUAAUUACAUCGGCACGGAGCAUCUGCUGCUGGGCCUGCUCCGCGAGGGCGAGGGCGUGUCGGCGCGCGUUCUUGAGAACCUCGGCGCCGACCCUGGGAACAUCCGCUCACAGGUGAUCCGCAUGGUGGGCGAGAGCGCGGAGGCGGUGGGCGCGGGCGUGGGCGGCGGCAGCAGCGGCAAUUCCAAAAUGCCAACGCUCGAGGAGUUUGGCACCAACCUCACCAAGCUUGCCGAGGAUGGCAAGUUGGAUCCAGUGGUGGGGCGUGUGGCGCAGAUCGAGCGAGUGACCCAGAUCUUGGGCCGUCGCACCAAGAACAACCCCUGCCUCAUUGGGGAGCCCGGUGUCGGCAAGACUGCUAUUGCCGAGGGCCUUGCGCAGAGGAUUGCUUCUGGAGACGUGCCUGAGACGCUGGAGGGCAAGAAGGUGGUCACUCUAGACAUGGGGCUGCUUGUAGCGGGGACCAAGUACCGGGGCGAGUUUGAAGAACGACUAAAGAAGCUAAUGGACGAGAUAAAGCAGGCGGACGACAUCAUCCUCUUCAUUGACGAGGUGCACACGCUCAUCGGCGCGGGCGCCGCCGAGGGCGCGAUCGACGCGGCCAACAUCUUAAAGCCCGCCAUGGCGCGCGGGGAGCUGCAGUGCAUCGGCGCCACCACGAUCGACGAGUACAGGAAGCACAUUGAGAAGGACCCGGCGCUGGAGAGGCGGUUCCAGCCGGUUCAGGUGCCGGAACCGACUGUUGAUGAGACGAUAUUGAUCCUGAAAGGGCUGAGGGAGCGAUACGAGAUUCAUCACAAGCUCAAAUACACCGAUGAGGCGCUUGCAGCGGCUGCCCAGCUGUCAUACCAGUAUAUCAGCGACCGCUUCCUCCCAGACAAGGCGAUUGAUCUGAUUGACGAAGCAGGUUCCCGGGUGCGGCUGCAGCACGCGCAGCUGCCAGAGGAAGCCAAGGAGCUGGACAAGCAGCUGCGGCAGAUCACCAAGGAGAAGAACGAGGCAGUGCGCAACCAGGACUUCGAAAAGGCCGGGGAGUUGCGCGACCAGGAAAUGGACCUCAAGACGCAGAUCAACGCCAUCAUGGAGAAGAGCAAGGAGACGAGCAAAGCGGAGAUUGAAGCUUCCGGCGGCGCGAUCGGCCCGACCGUCACCGAAGCGGAUAUUCAUAAUAUCGUGUCCGCGUGGACGGGGAUUCCGGUGGAGAAGGUUUCGAGCGAUGAGAGUAACCGGUUGCUGCAGAUGGAGGGGACGUUGCACAAGCGCGUGAUUGGCCAGGACGAGGCGGUGAAGGCGAUCUCCCGUGCGAUCCGGCGCGCCCGCGUCGGGCUGAAGAAUCCCAACCGUCCGAUCGCGAGCUUCAUCUUUUCCGGGCCGACGGGAGUGGGGAAAUCGGAGCUGGCGAAGUCCCUCGCGGCGUAUUAUUUCGGGUCGGAGGAGGCGAUGGUUAGAUUGGAUAUGUCUGAGUUCAUGGAGCGGCAUACGGUCUCGAAGCUGAUUGGCUCGCCGCCCGGUUAUGUGGGGUACAGCGAGGGCGGGCAGCUGACGGAGGCGGUGCGAAGGCGGCCGUACACGGUCGUGCUGUUUGACGAGAUUGAGAAGGCGCAUCCCGAUGUGUUCAACAUGAUGCUGCAGAUUCUGGAGGACGGGCGCCUGACGGACAGCAAGGGCCGCACCGUCGACUUCAAGAACACGCUCCUCAUCAUGACCUCCAAUGUCGGCUCGUCGGUCAUCGAGAAGGGCGGCGGAGGCAUCGGCUUCCAGCUGGACUAUGGCGAGAAGGACACCAGCUACAACCGGAUCAAAUCGCUGGUGAACGAGGAGCUGAAGCAGUACUUCAGGCCGGAGUUUCUGAACCGGCUGGACGAGAUCAUCGUGUUCCGGCAGCUGACGAAGCAGGAGGUGAAGGAGAUCAGCGAUAUCAUGCUCAAGGAGGUGUUUGACCGGCUCAAGAAGAAGGAGAUUGACUUGCAGGUCACUGAACGGUUUAGGGACAGGGUGGUGGAUGAGGGCUACAGCCCUUCCUAUGGCGCGCGGCCUCUGCGCCGAGCCAUCAUGCGACUGUUGGAGGACAGCAUGGCGGAGCGCAUGCUCUCAGGGGAGAUCAAGGAGGGCGACAGUGCUAUCAUCGAUGUGGAUGCUGACGGGAAUGUGACUGUAUUGAAUGGCAGCACUGGCACAGCUACCUCCACAGUUAUCGAGGCUCCAGCAGGGAUUUCUUAG